UUUAGCGUUAUCUAUUAGUUACAUACAUAACGGUUUAUCAAACCGUUAAGCCAACCGUUAUCUAUUAACACUUUUUUACAACAGUUUUUUUACCGUUAAGAAAUGCGCCUCUCAAUACUGUUAUGUAUUAACAUUAUUUUUUUUUCUUUUUUUUAAUAAAGUUUUUUUUAAUUGUUAUACUUUAGGUAAAAUUCAAAACCUAACUCCAAAUCUGAUUUUCAAGCUUGCUCCAAUACUCCUAACACACCCGCCGCCUCCCCCCGGUGACGCCGCGCCGGACGACGCUGCACGAGCAACCGGACGCCGGUGCUAGUGAGUCAGUGACCGCCCCUGCCCCCACCCACCCUGCAUCGCGUCGCCUCUGACGCCGCUCUUCUCGCAGCAGCAGAUCGAGCGGCGGAGCACCCUUCUCCCCUCCACCGAGCACGAGCAGACCACCCCUCUCCUCCGCCGACGCCGCUCUUCUCGCAGCAGCAGCAGCAGAUCGGGUUUUUUGCUUCUCCGUCUGCCACCUACCGCACCCGUCUCUCUCUCUCCGUCCGUUAGGCCUAGCAGCUGUCGCCGGUCGAGCUCUCAAUCGCAGACCCUAGGAGCCGCCGCUGUCGCCGCCGCCUUCUACAAUAGCCACCACCAAGGUAGAAUCCCUAAUUAUUCAUCCCUUACGCAAAUCUCAUUCCAAAUCCCUAAUUUUUGAACUUUGUUGGUAACAAUAUGAUUUAGAUUAGGGCUUUUGCUCGAAUUUUUUAAAUUAUCUGAAGCUAUUUUGCUCAAAUUUUUUAAUUUGUCAAGCUAUUUUGCUUAAGUUUUUGAAUUAUCUCUUUGUUAUUCGAUUAUCCUCAAUUGUAUAUUUGGUUGGAACCGCCCACGUUUCUACGGUAAUUUUGGUGUUUUUUUUAUGUGUAUUUGUUUUGAGAUUUCCAUGAUUAUACAGUUUAAUUUCUAGAUCUGAAUCAGCUCUUUUUACCAUUUUCCAACUGUUUUUCUCCUUCUGAUUACUGCUGGGAAUUUUGUUGCAUUGUUCGGAUAGAAAUUGGUUAUUAAAUCAGAAUAGCUUAAUGGAAUUGCUCUGUCAUUUUCUGGAAUCUUGCCAAGAAGUUCAGGCUGUGAUAGAAUUCUUGAAACCCCAGGUUGUCAUUUUGGAGCUGUGCUCUAGUCGUGUUGCGAUUCUUACGCCGCAAAACUUGAAGCGAAAAGCACUAGAUGACAAGUUAAAGGAAAAGGAGGAACGAGAAGCAUUUCAGGUUAAUAUUGGUGACUUCGGCUUGGCAGUUAUGAAGUGUGUGAUGCUUGAUUUGAAACUCCAAGGGAUUAGAGCAGGUGGGAACUCAGAUUUCAGUGAUGAAAUGGGCAAGGAACUUAGCCAAAUGAGUGUGGCAGCUGGGCUAAGGUUCUUGAACCGGGCAGCUCUGAAGAGUCUAGAAGAGUUUGGAAUAGAAGGUUCCAUGAAAAGUCCAUGGAAAAGAUGCUGCUAUUCUUGUCCCUGGUGAUGUAGUUUGUAUAAAAUUGGGCGAUAUUAAGAAGCUGGUGCUUGUAUGGUGGGAGAAUUGUUAGACAAAAAUGUAUGUGAUGUUUACUACAUGCGCAUGUAGUAAAACAUGUAUUAACAGGCAACUUGUGUAGCUCGAAUUGUUGGAUGCUAUGUUAUAUAUGCUAA